GCCUUGCCGUUGCAAGCUGGCCUCCGGUUGGGAAAGAGGUAGAGCUGCUUGAGGAGAGGCCAGAACCCUGCAAGGAGAAAGCCAGCCUCUUUCUCCUGUGCCGAGAAGGGGAAGCUGUUGGGACUCUCACCUCUGCAGGGUGGGAUUGAGCUCAAUGCCAGUUCCUGUACCCGAGCAUGCUGCAGAGACCGGGCUGCUGCGGAGCGACAUGGCUGUGCGAUUUCAGGUUGCAGAGAUGGAGGAAAUGGUGAUCUGGGAACAGUACACAGUGACACUCAAUAAAGAUCCCCGAAAGGGCUUUGGCAUUGCUAUCUCAGGUGGCCGGGACCGUCCCAACAACAUUGAUGGAGACACCUCAAUUAUCAUCUCCGAUGUAGUGCCGGGGGGGCCAGCUGAUGGUCGACUCCUCAGGAACCGUGACAAGAUCGCCAUGGUGAAUGGUCUCUCCAUGGAGAAUGUAUCAUCAUCUUUCGCCAUCCAGACCUUGAAAAGCUGCAGCAAGGUGGCCAAUGUUACAGUGAAAAGACCCCGUAAAAUCCACCUUCCAGUCACCAGCCAGUCCAAGAGCCAACCUUCUGGUUCAGCCUCAAGAUCAGCCAACACUGGACAUUAUGACUCGGAUGAGGAGUACACGUACCAGACUGGUGCCAGUAGACAUCCCAGCUACGGCCAGCGCCAGGCUGAGGCAGAUCACAACCGAGGCUAUGAUGGAGACUCGUCCAGUGAACGGAGCUCUGGUCGCUACCGUGAUGAAGAUGACGCUCCCCUCAGGCAGCCAAUCCGGAGCAGGAGGCGGAGCCAAGAUGGUAGCCACAGGAGGCAGAGCCAAGAUAGCGAUUCUGAUAGACAGCCUUUCACCAAUGGAUACAGCUACAGAGGGAACACGAGUGGGCUGGCUUUGGUGUCUGGGUUCAAAAGAUUGCCAAGACAAGAUGUUCCCAUGAAACCGGUCCGUUCAACCCUGGUGAAGAGCAAAGAGAGCGAAGAAUAUGGGUUGAAGCUAGGGAGCCAGAUUUUUAUCAAACACAUCACUCACACAGGACUGGCAGCAAAGGAUGCCUCUCUGCAGGAGGGAGACCUCAUACUUAAGAUCAACGGUGUGGCCAGUGAGAACAUGUCUCUGGCGGAGACGCGGCAGCUGAUCGAGAAGUCGGAGGGGAGACUGACCUUGCUCGUCUUGCGGGACAACAGUCAGUUCCUGGUCAACAUCCCCCAAGUGAGAGACAGUGACAGCGAAAGCUCCCAGCUGGACGACAUCUCUGAUCUGGGCUCUGACACCUCGAUGCCUUCCCCAGUGGGGAGCCCCCAGCAGCCGCCGGAUUCUCUGCAAAGGAAUUCUUUCUUGUCGAAGAAACGUUCCAGCAGGGAAGUGGUGGUGCCGGUGGAGGAGCUGACCGUCGCCCCAGUUGCUGAUCCCCAGGAAACCCUGGUGAACAACGAUGCCUGCUCUGCAACCCUCCCUUCUCAAGGCAACCUUGAAGGGUAUAGCCCAGAUUCCAAGAUGGUGCGUUUCGUGAAGGCUAAGAACAUUGGGCUGCGUCUUGCUGGGGGGAAUGACGUAGGCAUCUUUGUGGCUGGGGUGCAGGAGGGAAGCCCGGCUGAGAUCCAAGGCAUUGUGGAAGGGGACCAGAUUCUACAGGUAAAUGACAGAAUUUUCCACAACCUAACACGAGAGGAGGCUGUGCAAUACCUUCUGGAGCUAAUACCAGGCGAAGAGGUGGCUCUUCAUGUUCAGAAUAAGCAAGAUAUCUACCGGAAGAUGAUGACGUCUAAUGUCGGGGACUCCUUCUACAUCCGCACCCACUUUGACUUUGAGAAGGACACCCCUUCUGGGAUGAGUUUCAUCCGGGGCGAGGUCUUCCACGUGCUGGACACCAUGUACCGGGGCAAAAUGGGGAGCUGGCUGGCCAUGCGGAUGGGAAAGGAGCUUCAGGAACUGGAUAAGGGCAUCAUCCCAAACAAGAGCAGAGCCGAGCAGAUUGCCAGUCUGGAGAGUGUCCUGAAAUCCACACCGAGUGCCUUCAGUUCCUCAGGGGCCCGUGCCGAAUUCUGGAAGCUGCGGGGCUUGCGAGGGGGCAAGAAGAAUCUGCGCAAGAGCCGGGAGGACCUCUCUGCUCUCACCAAGCAAGGACACUAUCCGCCAUAUGAGAGGGUCGUGCUUAAGGAAGCGACUUUUAAACGGCCGGUGGUGAUUCUGGGCCCCAUUGCUGACAUCGCCAUGCAGAAGCUGAGUGCUGAGAUGCCGGAUCAGUUUGAGAUUGCCGAGAGCGUCCCCAGAGAAGGAGGGUCAGCAAAAGUUAUCAAGUUGGAUUCUGUGCGGCAAAUUGCAGAGCAGGAGAAGCAUGCCCUGUUGGACAUCACACCUGCGGCUGUGGAGCGUCUCAACUAUGUGCAGUACUUCCCAAUCGUGGUCUUUUGUAAGCCUGACAGCCGCCAAGGGGUGAAGGCCAUGCGGCAGUGGCUGGCGCCAGACUCCAAGAAAAGCUCCCGGCGCCUCUAUGCCCAGGCCACCAAAAUGCACAAACAUUGGAGCCACAUCUUCACGGCCACCAUCAGCCUGGCAGGAAGUUCAAACAGCUGGUAUGAGAGCCUCAAGGACGUCAUCCGCAUGCAGCAAGCUCGACCAAUCUGGACGACGGAAGAGCAGGUGGACUAUCCAGCUGAGGAAGGCUUCGACAUGUUAAGCCAGCCCCCAACCGGCAACUCCGGCUACCUCACCUGUGACAGCCAGGCCAACAGUGAUUAUGAGGAAACAGAUGCGGAGGGUGAGGCAUACACGGACCAAGAGCUGGACGAACCUUACCAGGAACCUGCGCUGGCCCGCUCUUCGGAACCUGCCAAGCAAAGCCCUGAGAUGGACUUGAAUGAGCGGGUGGCAGCAGCUCUAGCAUACCCCAUUGACCGGCAUGAUGGCAACCAGCAGCCCCAAGGGCAGUGGAGACAGGACUAUGACAUCAGAGAAUAUGAACAUGAAGCCCUCCGAAAGAAGUUCACACAGGCCCAAGCCUAUGACUCCGAGUCGGAUCAGGACUAUGGCUAUGAUUGGGGGCCAGCCACAGACCUGUGACUCACAUCCCAGCUAUCAAGCCCACCCCCACCCACCCACCCCGUUGGAUGGGGCUGUGCUUCCCCCUCCCUCCAAAAAGCUUAAAAGACUCUUGUGUCCAUGACAGGGGGGAAAUAUAUUGGGGGGGAGGGGCUUUCCCCCCCUAAGAAGCGCAAGAGUUCUCCCUUUUUCAGCCUGUGCCUUUUGAGACUCUUGCCAAAGGAACAUUGCUGUGGCAUUCUUUCACUUGCAAGGGUCAGGAGGGCGUGCCUCCCCCUCAGUUGUUGUCAGGUCUUCCCCGUCUGCCUUCCAAGGUAACCCCAACUCCUUUCAUCAGGUCAUAAAACUAGGUUGGCCAAGGCCUCCUGCUUACCAGGUGAAAAUCAGGCCACCUUUACUGAUUUCAUCAUGAGGAUUAGUGCACAGAGCAGGCACCAACGGUUCUCUGCAGCGUGAGGGCAGACGCGCUUCACUUCCUGACUGGUCUGGAAUGUCCACGGAGAGAAUGGGAGCCCCUUUCCCUUGCGCCUCAGUCUCUUGGGAAGCUGUUCGGCACGCACGGCAUGGGAGCUUUGCCUGUGGCCUCCGGGCACCCUUGCUGGAUCCAUCUUGUGGGCUGCACGAGCAAAGCCACGCCUGCCCAAACAACUCUGAGCCAGAGGCUCCCCUUGGCGCGUGAACCACAACUACCAGUAUCUUUUAAACAGUAUGAAUGACAUGGUGUUGACCUUUGUGUGUGGAUGGUUUUUAGCAAUACCCCCCUCCCCACCAAGUUUGGGAAGGUUUUUAAGAACUUCAUUUGCAGUCUCUGGCUAACACCUAUUAACCUGGAGGCCAAAUAGCCUCCGGCCAUCCCUCCAGUGGGUGGCCCAGCAAGGCCCUACACUUGUGAGGCCCAAGAUGUAUGCUUUGUAAUAAAGGAAUCUUCUCAGA